AUGCUGAUAUUCAUCACCAGUGGCGAUUCUUACUCGUCGACUGGCUUCUACAUUGAGGGCGAUAAGCCCUCGGCUUCGGACCCGUUCGGCAGUCCCGCCUUGCCAGGUACCACAACCACUGGCGGACUCAACUGGGUGGGCUACGUGACAAGCGUGUACAACACCUCAACGAUUCUGACCUACGACUGGGCUUACUACGGCGCAGACGUGUCCAACGACAUCAUCAACACUGGAGUCACCACGGACGUCAUCGCCCAGGUUGGAGACUUUGAGGACAACCUGGUGCCCGCUCCCUCAUAUGCCGAAUGGACUGCCGACGACCUGCUCGUCGCCGUCUGGAUCGGCAUUAACGAUAUUGGCGAGUGCUUCUGGGAGGUGGAGGAGUAUGCGACGUGCCCCAUCGACGAGGUCAUGACGGAGUACUUUACCCUCAUGCAGAACCUGUACGAUGACGGCGUCAGGAACUUUGUGCUGAACAUGGUGCCUCCCUUCUACAAAGCACCCGCCUUCGACUCAGAGACGGAUCUGUCAGGCCUCAUCGCCAACCUCGAAUCGUACAACUCCCUUCUCGUGAGCAACAUGGAGGAGUUCAAGACCAACAACUCGGACAUCACCCUCGGCCAGGUCUUCAACACGACGUCGUACUUCUGGGAGGUCCUCGAUAACCCUACCUCGUACGGCCUCGACAGCGACAUCACCUGCGCGAACUCUGAUGGCACCACCUGUGUGUGGUACGAUAGCUACCACCCUGGUCAGGCUAUCCACAAGCUUGUUGCGGAGGGCUUUGUCCGUGCCCUGACGGGGUCUUUCUUCUAA